AUGAUGACCAUCAGAGGGUAUAUCACAACAGAUACCACAGGCAGUAAGAGGAGCGGGAACAGCUUCCACGUGCUGGACCAGGGCCAGUUUGCCAAGGAGGUGCUGCCCAAGUACUUCAAGCACAGCAACAUGGCUAGCUUCGUGCGGCAGCUCAACAUGUAUGGCUUCCGGAAGGUGGUCCACAUCGAGCAGGGUGGCCUGGUCAAGCCAGAGAGGGAUGACACCGAGUUCCAGCACCCGUGCUUCCUGCGAGGCCAGGAGCAGCUCCUCGAGAACAUCAAGAGGAAAACCCCCGGCAACAGCAGCAUCCACUCGCUGGCCUGGCUUGACGCCAUCUCAGUGACUGCUCCCCCGGGGACCCAGGUGUCCACUCUGCGGAGCGAGGACAUAAAGAUUCGCCAGGACAGCGUUACCAAGCUGUUGACCGACGUGCAGCUGAUGAAAGGGAAGCAGGAGAGCAUGGACUCCAAGCUGCUGGCCAUGAAGCAUCUCGGGCCAGGGCCACAUCUGGACUUGCACAGGCUCCUGGCCCAUGCCGGGCUGGAUUCGUUACUGGGAGGUGGGGUCAGCGAGAAUGAAGCGCUGUGGCGAGAGGUGGCCAGCCUGCGGCAGAAGCACGCCCAGCAACAGAAAGUCGUCAACAAGGUGUGCACCGGGCCACUCAUCCAGUUCCUCAUCUCGCUGGUGCAGUCAAACCGGAUCCUUGGGGUGAAGAGAAAGAUCCCCCUGAUGCUGAACGACGGCGGCCCUGCGCACCCCAUGCCCAAGUACAGCCGGCAGUACUCGCUGGAGCAUAUCCACGGCCCAGGCCCCUACCCGGCCCCUUCCCCAGCCUACAGCGGCUCCAGCCUCUACUCCCCAGACGCUGUCGCCAGCUCCGGACCCAUCAUCUCUGACAUCACUGAACUGGCCCCCAGCAGCCCCGUGGCCUCCUUGGGCGGGAGUGUAGACGAGAGGCCCCUGUCCAGCAGCCCCCUGGUUCGCGUAAAGGAGGAGCCCCCAAGCCCGCCACAGAGCCCCCGGGCAGAGGGUGCCAGCCCCGGCCGACCGUCCUCCAUGGUGGAGACGCCUCUGUCCCCGACCACCCUCAUUGACUCCAUCCUCCGGGAGAGCGAGCCCACGCCCGCUGCCUCCACCACACCCCUCGCGGACACUGGGGGCCGCCCCCCCUCGCCCCUGCCCGCAUCGGCUCCCGAGAAGUGCCUCAGCGUCGCCUGCCUAGACAAUUUGGCUCGCACUCCAAAGAUGUCUGGGGUCGCCCGCCUCUUCCCCUGCCCCUCCUCCUUUCUGCAUGGCCGAGUCCAGCCAGGGACCGAGCUCAGCGACCACUUGGACGCCAUGGACUCCAACCUGGACAACCUGCAGACCAUGCUGACAAGCCAUGGCUUCAGCGUGGACACCAGCACCCUGCUGGAUCUGUUCAGCCCCUCGGUUACGGUGCCCGACAUGAGCCUGCCCGACCUGGACAGCAGCCUGGCCAGCAUCCAGGAGCUCCUCUCUCCCCAGGAGCCCCCCAGACCUCUGGAGGCAGAGAAAAGCAGCCCAGAUUCAGGGAAGCAGCUGGUGCACUACACCGCCCAGCCCCUGCUGCUGCUGGACCCGGGCUCCGUGGACGUGGGGAGCAGCGACCUGCCGGUGCUCUUCGAGCUGGGGGAGGGCUCCUACUUCUCCGAGGGAGACGACUACUCGGAUGACCCCACCAUCUCCCUGCUGACGGGCUCAGAGCCCCCCAAAGCCAAGGACCCCACUGUCUCGUAG